AUGCGAAGAGAUUGUGAAGCGUCAGACCAAUCAGUCCUCUUCUUGACGUGUUGCCCCAAAAGAGUACCGCGCCACCUUCCUGAAGAGCUCUCAGCCCCGAUCUCCUCACAGAAACGCACUACUGACGCCAUGAUGACGCCAAACGCGUCAGAGGCCCCGCCCGGCUUCUUUACCGUCAUCGCCCUUUCGUGGCGCAUCUUCCAAGCGCAACCCGGUUCGCUCCUGCUGGCCGCACUCCCCACAGUUCUGGCUUUGGUGUCCCUAACCGUAGCCUUGUCAAGCCCUCUUUCUGUGUUCAACUUCCUCAGGAAAGCCUUCCCGGACACAUCCAUUGUGACGGUGCUCUGGAUAGCUCUAAUCGUCGGACAACCCGUUGCUCGGGUCACAAUGCUGGCGGCAGCGGGCGUCGUGUGGACGGCUUGUGCAGGCAUUUCCGCGCGUAAAGUGGUCUCGUUCUAUCGGACCAAAAGAUUGGAGGCUCAAGAGGUGGCUCCGACAAGGAGGCGCUCCCGUUUGGUCAAGUUUCUGAAGGUCUUGACCACAGCGGUUGUGUGCUUGAGCUUAUACGGGGGGCUCCAAUACGGUUGUGAACGUCUGCCGCUGUGGGGUUCUGGUUCUCCAGGUGUGGAAAAAGGAAAGAACGCCAACCUCCCGAGCGCAAUCCUCUACACGUCACUCGCAUUCUCCGCGCCUCUACUCAGCGUCUUCGUCGCUUCCAACACCCUCCUAGCACUUCCCGCCACCAUCCUAGACCCCGACUGUUGGGGCUUCGCUUCCCUCCUUCGGAGCUGGCGACUCGCCCGCACCGCGCGCUGGCAGAUGGUCGCCUUUUUCCUGCUCACUGUCGCCGGCAUGGCUGUCUGCGCGUGUGCGCCUCCGUUCAUUGUCGCGGUGCUCAUCGGCAACCCGUGGUCCAACUUGAAUGACUUUUUCGUUUUAGCGGACGGGGUGGGCUUGCCGGCGCCCAUAACCGCGGUGCUGCUCAUCCUCGGGCUGUUGCAAAAGUACGCGGCCGCGCUCGCGGGGCCCGGGGCGCGCUUCGGCGCAAUGCUCGUAGGCAUGGUCGGAGGCGCGGCGUACUUCCAGGUGCUGUGGGUUAUCGCCUAUCUUGCGGGCUUGCGGCGACUGGAACUCAUAACUGGACCGCCUGGAACGGCUCCGUCGGCAACCACACAGCAAGCACUUACGAGCCAUAGAGCGCCGUCUGGUGAUCAUUUGAGGUACACACAGCAGUGAAAUUGGGCUUGGUCCGCCGGGUCGAUUUGCAUCGCACGCCGUGUCAAAGCACGUGGAGUCCGGGAGAGCAGAUUUUCCUCCAAUGACGUCAAGAUCCAAAGUAGGCAUGAUUGAGCAACACACGCCAUAGGCCCGCCUCGCAAAUCAGUGACACGCUUGCCGGGACAUCGCGGCGCUGGCACACUGAUCCGAAAAAUCGCGCGCAAUCGUGUAUCUAUGUAGCGAUUCUGAGAUCCAUAACGUACUGGGUACUAGACAGCUUCCUGAGUAGAAGUUACUGAGAGGCAGCUCGCUACUUGCAGUUGUCAAUUGGGGCAAAAUACUCGCGGUCUAUAGACGUCAAUUCGUUUUUGGAUAUCACCGUAGUGUGCACUUUUGGAACCGGGUCCGCCCUGCGUGCCAGUCAAGCUAUCAGGGCUCGCUUGAAGGCAAGGAACUUACAGUCCCCAGACCCGAUAUCGCGAGAGGUUGGACCUCUGUAACAAAGUAUCGAGGUCGAUCCGUACGGUCGAUAGCGACACAUUCAAUGCAGCAUCGCGCAUCAGGCCCGAUCGACUUAGCUGUUGAACGGCACUAUAAGUUAG